AUGAUUCCUUUGGACAUUAAGGCAAAAACGAAAGACUCGGAGCCGGACCUAAACGAAGAAUCAAACGAACCAAACGAAGAACCAAACGAAGAAUCAAACGAAAAACCAAACGAAGAACCAAACGAAGAAUCAAACGAAAAACCAAACGAAGAACCAAACGAAAAACCAAACGAAAAACCAAACGAAGAACCAAACGAACCAAAUGAAAAACCAAAUGAAAAACCAAACGAAAAACCAAACGAAAAACCAAACACAGAACCAGUGCCCGACCUGGAUAGGGUCCCUUUUGUAGGUGAGGAAAAUAAAAUUUAUGUAAAUGAAGAAGAUGAAAAUUUUGUGAAUAAUUAUAUAAAUGAAAAUAUAUUAAAUUUAAAAAGUGUAGAUAAUUAUUUAGAAAAGAUAAAUAAUAAAAUCAAAGACUUAGAUGAUAAUAUUAAUGAUAGAAUACAGAAGUAUAUAUUGAUGAAAAAUGAAUAUGAAAAAAUGUUCAAGAGUAUUAAAGGUAGAACGAAAUUAAUAAAUAAUAUAAUAAAUGAUAUUGAUAAAAAGACUGAAAAGAAUCAAGAUGUUUUAAUAAAUUUAUGUAAAGAUAUUAAAAAAUUAGAUACAGGAAAACAAAAUGUAACACAAACUAUAAUAUUAUUAAAACGUAUAGUUAUACUUAUAACAGCCAUUAGCAAAUUAAAAAAAAAAGCUAUAAAAAGAGAAUAUAAAGAUUGUAUUUAUUUAAUACAUGUUAUAAAAGAAAUGUUAACACAUUUUUCAGAUUUAAAAACAAAUCACAAAUUACAAAAUCUUUAUCAUGAAACAAAGAUAUUAUUUAAAGAUUUAAAAAGUCAAAUUAAGGAGGAUAUAGAUUUGAUAUAUGAUCCUCACAUAUUAAUAGAAAAAAAUGAGAUCAUCUUGAAUGAUCACCUGAUACCCAUACAGAAGCAUAAUCAAGAUAAUGAUAAUAAUAGCACCAACAGGACAGGAAAUGACAAUAAUAAUAAUGAUCAUAAUGAUAAUAAUAACACCAAUAGGACAGGAAAUGACAAUAAUAAUAAUGAUCAUAAUGAUAAUAAUAACACCAACAGGACAGGAAAUGACAAUAAUAAUAAUAAUAAUCAUAAUAAUCAUCAUAAUUAUAUUCGAAUCAACCUAUUCGAUGCAUGCAAUUGCCUAUAUUAUUUAAAUUCUUCAUUCAUAAAAAUGGUCUCUAAGAAAUUCACAAACUUUUUUUUAGAAAAAUUUAUUUUAAUAUUUGAAAAUCAGGCAAAUACAUUAGAUAGUAUAGAUAGAAGAAUAUCAUGGAUAAAGAGAGCUCUAAAUAAUUAUGAUAAUGUAUACUCUCAUAUAUUCCCUUCAGUGUAUAACAUACGAUUCCAUAUAGUAACUAAGUUUUGUUUAAUAACCCAAAAACACGUUCUCAAAAUUAUGUCUUCUACAAUAGAACACACAAACAAUCCAAGCGACUUAAUAAAAACGGUCAUCAAUGUCAUCAAUUUUGAAAACUUCUUAAACAAAAAUAUUAAAUAUUAUUCAACUAGUCAAAUAUCAACAUGUCCAGAUUAUUCAUCUUUAGAUUUCCCUUUCCCCGAAUUGUUGUUACAAAAAAGGGUACCAAAAAAAAACAAAACAAAUAUUAAUGCGGAUAAAUCCUCCUUAGAAAAUAAAAAUUGUAUUAAUAACGAGGAGGAUCAAAACGAAUUAAACAUAAGUAUAGAUAAUCCUAAUGAACCAAGUGAAGAAGCUGAAUCUUUUUACCAAAAAAAAAACACUAAAUUAAUACAUAAAGAUUUAAAUAUGGAAAGUGUUAUAUCUGAAAAGCAAGAUAAGAAUAUAAUAUUUACCCAUAACAACAACAAUAAUAAUAAUAAUAACAACAAUAAUAAUAAUAAUAACAAUAAUAAUAAUAAUAAUAAUAAUAAUAAUAAUAAUAAUAAUAACGUGAACAGUUGUGAAAAUGUUACAAACUUUAAAGGUGCUAUCUCUUGUUCAUUUGAUAGCUUUCUAUGUAAUUGGCUUAAACAUGAAGAAAAAAAAAUAUUAAAUAAGUUUGAGAAUAUUAUAAAAGAAAACAAAGAAGAUUAUAUAAGUCAUAUAAAAAAAUAUAAAUCUAUUAAAGACAUUGGAAAUAUCGAUUUUACUAAUUUUGACAUAAAUGAAAUUAAUAAUAUAAAUGUACAUAAAAGUUAUAAUACUUAUUACAAUUCAGAUAUAAAAAUAAUUGAUGAUAAUAUUUAUAAUGAUGAUGAUAAUAAUAUAUAUAAAUCGUCCUAUUCUAUUUUUCAUUUAUAUAAAAACUAUAUUAAUAUGAUACUUUUAUUUAGCAAUUGUCAAACUUUAUAUGAUUUUAUUCUUUUUUUUAAAACAUUAUUAUCUAAAUAUUCGGAGGAACUAAAUAAUAGAAUUAUUAAGAAAGUUGAAGAACCACAAGAAAUCGAACAUAUGAAAUUAUUAUCUAUAUUAAUUAAUACAUGUUCAUAUAUAAAUUUUAAUAUUAAUGAAGCUUAUGAACAAUUAAAAAAGAAUAUGGAUCCUUCUUAUUUUAUAUAUAUAUCUUUUAAAGAUGAAGAAAAAUAUUUCUUAAAUAUAAAAACAAAAUCUAUAAAAAACAUUAUAUUAUAUAUAAAAGAGAAAAUAAAUAAAAUAAUAUCCAAUAUUACUAUAGUUAAUAUUUAUGAUAUAAAUAAUAUAUGUGAAAAAUCGAACUAUAUACAUAAUAUAAAAAAAUUCCUUUAUCAAUAUUUCCUUUUUUUUAAAAAUAUAUUUGAUAAUACAUGCUUAACAUAUCUAUUAGAAAAAACAACCACCUUAAUAAUUGAACAAUUUUAUGAUACUAUCUUUUCUUUUACAUAUAUAACAAAUAUAACAGCUCAACAACUCCUUCUCGAUUCUUAUGAAAUGCA